AUGGCUAGCACAAGCAUCAGCAGCAACAUGAACCAGUCGCGCAGAAGUGAGGAGCGUGACGAUCAGCCAAAGAGCCGACUCGAGGCUGUUCGAGAGUACGAGGGUGAUGGUGCUGGCACCGUCAUCAACGAGCACUACUCCCAAGAAGAGUACAGCAAGCGACGUCUCGGUUUCCUCAGCCGACAUCCUGACUACAAAGACGCUCUGAAGCUCGCACCCAAAGUCCGCCGCGAUGCCGAAGAGGUCUUCAUUUCCAACCAGCCAGCUACCCUCUCCGUGCAAGAGAUUCGCAAGAGAGAGCUGGAGUAUGAUAUCGACCCGCUUCUCCCAUUCCCGACUUCCGAGAACACGCAGACCAUUGACGACCAUUCUACAUAUCCAACGACCGAGUGGACCUCUGGUAUGGCUACAGAUCAAGUCGAGAUUCUACAGCAGACUCGGUCAUACACUUCACCAAGUCCACCACCUGGCAUCAUGGCAGCACCAGAAACUCAUGGUCCUGACAAAACCACUGGUCAGGUUCUUCCUUCUGGAUAUGCUCGACCAGCCGGUACUCCUCCGAUUGUGGCUGAACGUAUUGACUCAGUACGCAAUUCUCCAAAACAGCAAGUCUACCAAGCUUCUGCAACUGUCUCAGAGAGAUCGACCGAGACUGGCAACUCGACACAAAGCAACUUGUCUGACAACAAUCAUCCUGGCGGCGAAAUUGAUCGACCUCAGCAAACAGCAAACACAUCACCAGAUCGUGCAACAUCCAACACUUCGCCACGCGCCUCUAACACUGGCCCAGCAUCGAACGACAUGGCCAGUAUGGUACUCAAGAAUCCACCAACGAGAGAAGAACUUGACAACGUGCUAGAGAUGCUAGCCAGACCUCCCACGCGAAACAAUGGCAUCGGCGCAGUAGCAGGCCGUCCAGUCGAUGUCCCUGUCAAGCCACAGGGUACCAAACGCCCUGCACCACCAGACACCAACGAGACCGACGAAAGUGCGCCCCAAGCAACGGCACCCCCAUCGCCAAAGAAAGUCAAGCUCAACCCGCCAAAGGCACCAUCAGCAGCAGAGCCAGCUCCGCCAGCUCCAAGCACCGACCGCGAGGACGCGGUCAUGUCAGAUCCCACCGCGCCAGCCGCCUCAUCCUCCCGCCGCAAGAAGGCCACCACCAACGGCAUCCCCAUCUCCUCCGACGCAAGCGACGUCGCCGCCGGCGCCGCCCUCCCACGCGACGCAAAGACCGCCAAGGCGGCACAGACGCUUCGCCGCCAGCAGCUUGCCGAGCAGCGCAAGAGCAGACGCUCCGGCAUGCGUGCCACCGACCCCAAGCCAGAGUUCUGGCUCAAGGAGAACAUCACCGCUUACGAGCACGACAAUUUGGGUCCGGUGCGGUGCGUCUGUGGCACGUGGGCGCACGAUGGCACGGUCGAUGAUGGGUAUGCUGGGUGUGAGAAGGCGGGCUGCCUGUCUUGGCAGCAUGUCGCGUGUGUUGGAGAGGCGUUCAAGGGGGAGGACAAGCGGUAUGGGUGUCACCAGUGUGACCCGUAUGCGCAUAGACGGGUUUUGCAGAAGAUUAGGGCGGGUGAGGAGAUAGAGCGCGCCGAGUAG